CCUCCCUCUUUAUGGGGUAGGGAGGGCUCCUAAGUCCCCUUGUGUGCAACCACAGAUGCUUGACUGAGUUCAUGAAGAUGAGUGUCAGUGUGCUCCCUGAAAGGAAGGUGACCCCAAGGGCAUCAGUCCACAGACAGCUUCAGAGAGGGGGUUGUCAACAGGGCUCAUUCACAGUGAGUCCGAAAAGCAAAUCUCUGGUCAACGUUGAGAGUUUUGAGGAGAAAGAGCAUUUGGCUUCUGGAGGCCAAACUGAAGACCCAGAUUGAGAACCCACAGACACGACCACCAUGGGCAGUAAAACCUUGCCCGCACCAGUGCCCAUCCACCCCUCCCUGCAGCUCACCAACUACUCCUUUCUCCAGGCGGUAAACGGCCUGCCCACGGUGCCCUCGGACCACCUGCCCAACCUGUAUGGCUUCAGUGCGCUGCACGCCGUGCACCUGCACCAGUGGACGCUGGGCUACCCGGCCAUGCACUUGCCGCGCUCCUCUUUUUCCAAAGUGCCAGGAGCCGUGUCCAACCUGGUGGACGCACGCUUCCAGCUGCCAGCCUUUCCCUGGUUCCCCCACGUCAUCCAGCCCAAGCCGGAGAUCACUGCUGGAGGCGGCGGCCCCGUGGCGCUCAAGACCAAGCCCCGCUUUGAUUUUGCCAACCUGGCCUUGGCUGCCACGCAAGAAGAUCCGUCCAAGCUUGGCCGUGGGGAGGGUCCCGGCUCCCCCGCUGGUGGGCUGGGCGCCCUCCUGGAUGUGACCAAGCUGUCCCCAGAAAAGAAGCCCACCAGAGGACGCCUGCCCUCCAAGACCAAGAAGGAGUUUGUCUGCAAGUUCUGUGGCCGCCACUUCACCAAGUCCUACAACCUCCUUAUCCAUGAGCGGACGCACACGGACGAGCGGCCCUACACCUGUGACAUCUGCCACAAAGCCUUCCGGAGGCAAGACCACCUCAGAGACCACAGAUAUAUUCACUCCAAAGAAAAGCCUUUCAAGUGUCAAGAGUGCGGGAAGGGCUUCUGCCAGUCCAGGACUCUGGCUGUCCACAAGACGCUGCACUCACAGGUGAAGGAGCUCAAAACCUCCAAGAUCAAAUGCUAAACAGAGCCUCCUGCUCACCAGGGCCCUGGGGCCCGCCACUGCCGCCGCCUCCAGCGGGACCAGAAGCCGGGAGGCGACUCUAGUGGACCUGCCCGGACCACGUCCCUUGGGUCCCGGCCGCUUGCAGAACUACGGAGCCCCGCCCGGGGGCCAUGACCGGCAGCCAGGGCGGCUCCCCCAGGACGCGGCUAAAUUCUUGGCCAAAAAGGCGGUACUCACGUGGCGGAAGGGAAACUCCAUUUAAAAAAAAUAUAUAAGAAGAACGAAAGCUCCGCGGAGCCGCAGCGGCGCCUCUCCCAGAAGUAUUACUUUUUCUAUUGUUAUUUUAUACGUUUUCUUUAUUAUUUUUUUUUCUUUGACCAUAUAAGCUUGUAACUCUGACUGCGGAGAAAGAGGGGAGAGGAACAGAAGUUCUGCGCUCUCGCAGCUUCCAGACCCCCCCGCCCGCCCCAUCCCCACCCGGGAGCCUGCAAAAGUGUAAUCCGU